GUUUACACCGGACGUGGCAGUCUGGACUAGUGAAAUCACAGUAACUUCCCUCCUUCACCUCGGACCCGUUUUAAAACAUAUUUGGUUUCGCUGUAGCUGUGGUUUAAUAUCAGUUAUAGUUUUAUAGAGUCGGACAUCCUCGGGCAGCCAUGGGGCUCACCAUCUCGUCCAUCUUCGGUCGGCUGUUUGGGAAAAAACAGAUGAGGAUUUUGAUGGUUGGAUUAGAUGCUGCUGGAAAAACAACCAUUCUGUACAAACUGAAGCUUGGUGAAAUCGUGACCACUAUCCCAACCAUAGGUUUCAAUGUGGAGACGGUAGAAUACAAAAAUAUCAGCUUCACUGUUUGGGAUGUUGGCGGCCAAGACAAGAUCAGACCUCUGUGGAGGCAUUACUUCCAGAACACGCAGGGGCUCAUCUUUGUAGUGGACAGUAAUGACAGAGAAAGAGUGACUGAGUCUGCAGAGGAGCUGUCUAAAAUGCUUCAGGAGGAUGAGCUCAGAGAUGCUGUUUUGCUGGUAUUUGCCAAUAAACAGGACCUUCCCAACGCCUUAACAGUCAGUGAACUGGCAGACAGACUUGGAUUGCACGGCCUUCGCAGCAGAACUUGGCACAUCGAGUCCACCUGCGCCACCCAGGGCACCGGGCUGUAUGAAGGACUGGACUGGCUGUCCAAAGAGCUGUCGAAGAACUAAUGAAGGAUGGACUAGAGGGCAGACUGAGACUGAUCAUCACAAGACAUAAAGGAAAAACAUGAACAUUCAAUCCAGAACCAGUUUGUUUUAUAGCACCAGUGUUUACAGAAAGAACCAGGCUGUUGGACGGUUAGCUCAGCUAUAACACCUUCAGUGUUGUGCUCCUUGUUCUUCAUGUUAAGUAAUGCUCCUUUUUUGUGUAGUCUCUACUUUUUGCACUCUUGCAUUUACAUUUCCUGUUUUAUGGUGAAAAAGUGAUUUCGUUUAAAGAUUUCAGAAAACAAUAUGCAUUCAUAAAUUUGGGAUCUUUGGUAAAAGUCAAAUGGUAGACCCUCCCCCACAAGCUGAUAAUCACCAUACCCUCUGUUGUAAUUGUAUUUCAAGAAGCUUGAUUUAUUUUUGUUUUAUGGAUCUUUUGUACUUCCAUGACUGCUUUUUUUUUUCUCUGUAGUUUCUGUGGCUUGAUAAUCUAAAAUGAUUUGCUUAUAGUACAGAACUUAAAAGGAACAGGAUCGCCUUCUUGUCCUCUUUUGGCACAAACUCCAGUUAUUAAUUUCCUUAUAGCCUUAUUAUUAAAGCUCUUCCUGUUGAUCUAUUUAUGUCUUCAUACUUUUCAAAGAUAAAGCUAUGAAACUGUCUGCUUUGUGUUGCGUUACAUGCUGUGUUUCAGCAGAACCACGCCACUGUGAGUAUAGACUGUCCUACAAAUUGUCUUCCUCAUAAAUCUGGAUUUAAACAUGUUUAAUUAUCUGAGUUUAUAUCUGUGUGCUUUGUUUUGCAUUUAAAAAACAGCGAAGGCUUUCUGAUGACUAACAAAGCAGUUUCAGUCAGAAGGAGGAAGGAAGUGUUGGUAACACAGGACCUGGGGCAAUGAAACACAAUGAAGUUCCAAAUAGUUUUCCCCUUUUUUAAUUCAGUAACCCACAAUGUUGACUUUAAUUUACUAUGUAACAAACACUGUAAAGUAUUAAUUACUUCCCCUUCUUUUAAAUAAAACACAUACGGACCUAUCAUUUUCUUAGUGUACAUUCCAGCUUUGAGAUAUUCACUAUGUGUCUAAAAAAGCUCUGAAUAAAGCCACUGUUACAAUAA